AUGCGCGUUCUUGCCAUCUUCGCAACCCUUCUGGCUGUGGCCUACGCUGGCCCCUCCCUGGAGCAGAGACAGCAGGGUAAGAAUUGCAAGGAAGUCCAUAGCCCCGACACCUGUGGCGCACACGGCCUGGUCAAGUGUGACGGUUCAGGUUCAUUUCUUGUUUGCUGCGAACGUUGCUAUUAG